CGGGAUUUCUCGAAGAGUUUCUCGCCUUCAGUCGAUCGAACAGCGUGCGGGCCCUUUCUCGAUCGCAUUGACUACGCUUCCUCCUUCUUUCCCAUCGAGCGUUGAUCGCUUCCGCUUCGUGUCUGGCAUUCUAGCGCCAUGUCGUCUGGUCAGGUGGAAGGCGCGAAGACCUCGAGUAUACCCGAGCGCAGCUUGAAGUCCGAAAAUUCUUCGGGUCAAGAAGGAAUUCCGAAAAUCCUCAAAGCCGACGAAUCUGGUGCUCCUGUUGUUCCUCCCGAAGUCGCAGAAACUACGGAGAAAGAGAAGGCGAAGACGAAGGAAAUUCAAGCACAGCCCGAGAAUGUUCUGCACGAGAUGGAGGUUCAAACGGGCCAGUGAACAAUUUCACCUAGAAAGAAUUAGUAGCCGGGUGGCAAAGAAGUGCCCAGGAAUGAGUGAUAGAGCAGACCUCGUCGCAAUUGACAAACUCAUCAUCGGCGAGAAGUUUGUACGGAAGUUUCCUACACUGGAACAGCUUCAGUUGCCUGAAAUCCCGACACUAAACUCGAAGGCUGAAUAGAAAAGGGAGAAGUGAAAGUUUCUUGUAACACUCCUGAUUCAUGAUAGUCAGUCACAUUGAUCGAAGCCAGUGUUUGUGACGUCUCUCAGCUUUCUACUCGAGCACUCGCAUCCAGCUGCGCAACGUUCUACCGUAUUGCAAUUCCGCCAGGCUCAAUUCCACUGAACUGGACACUCAUAUUUAACAGGAGAUACACAUUUCCCAGAAAACGAUCCCACGACACAGUAGAGAGGAGAAUCAACAGUUUCCUAGUAAAUUUAACGAAAACGUAUUUGUAUUUUAGCUUCGCUUCCGAGUGUGAUACUCUUACGUGUCAGAUUAGUCGAUGUGCAUUGAGGACAAGCACUGAAGGGAAGUUUAUGACUAAUAUUUAGUUGAUUCAUUUCGAUAUAUAUGCCAUGAACUUUAGUUGUAUAUGUAAUAAAACGAUAAUCUGGAUUGGAGCACUAUG